AAGCUUCAUCAACCAAAGAGCUUGUUGCCAUUGUAUCAUUGAUCGCCAUUGUCGUCGCAAAAAUGGCCGAGCACCCUUCAUUCACUCUCGCAGGUCUUUUGGCCGCUGGUGGUACAGCUGGCUACAUCCGAACUCGCUCAACACCUUCUCUCGUCGCUGGUCUCGGUCUCGGUGUCUCAUACGCAUAUGCCGGCUAUCUUCUCAAGAACAACAAGGACUACGGUUCCGAGCUUGCUCUCGCAAACAGUGUCCUGUUGACCGGCUCCGCUGUGCCUAGGAUCAUCAAGACUGGAGGUCGAGCUCCCGUGCCGCUUGUUCUCGGUGCUGUUGGUGGACUUGCGACGUAUUACUACCAGAAGAAGUUCCGCGAGUUUCGGUAUGGUGUAUGAGAGCGCCGCUCGUGAGAAAUGCGUUGGUCGAUCCAUUGGAGCAGUGACAAAAGAACAAUCUCUCAAUGUAAAAUACUGUACUAUAUAGACAAUAUCGCUCAGGGAGUUCGCAUACUUCUUCCGCCAUUCAAGGGAUCAUUCAACGUUGACAUAGAACAGAAUUAAACCGUGAUUCUCCAGAAAUGUGAUUUGGAGGAUUGUCAACAAGAGUCCUGCAGUACAUGCUACAACCUUCCGGAUGAAAGGAAUGUACGGUAAUUAAUAAGCUUGUAUCAUGGAAGUGAAUAUUGUAUAUCUUGUACCUGUAUCGGCUGCCUAAUGGUUG